UCUUUCGACAACACUCGCAGUGAACACAUUGCAGCUUCGGACUCCCUGAGCCAACGCUCUUUAUAUCUCUCAGUUGUAAGCCUCAAGAGCAAGCAUGGCCCCAAUUCAGAAGCACAUUUCAUCUUUUACUGAAGAGAAUUCAGACAGAGCGACCAGCAAGACCUUCACAGCCAGCAGUUGCUUUAACACAGCCACAACGAGCACUUCAAGCAGCAGCAUAACAGGCAGUGACAGUGCUAUCGCCUCUGACCGUGACAGUCCAAGGAAUCGCAUCACCCACUUCGACAGAGACGGAGAGCGAGAGGUCGCGCUGCCCAUCACCUCACGAGGUCACUUCUAUCAUGACUCCUUCUUCAAGGAUCUCCGAGAGCAUUUCAAUGAUGCCGUAAAGGAAACACUGGACCUGUGGAAUUCCAGGUCACCUUUCGAGGACGACCUGCUUUGCUACAGACGAAUGCGAGACCUCAACCUCACGGAAGAGACUCAGGCUCUCUCCGUCAAGGAGGACGACAACUCUCACCAGGUCGUGAUUGACGUGCGCGACUUCAUGGACGGCGACAUCAAGGUGAAGGUGGUGGACGACAGCGAACUGGUGAUCGAAGGCAGCGUCGAGAAGCGACGAGAUGGCGCCGUCUCGAAGAAGACUUUCUGUCGACGCUUCUCAUUCCCGGGUCUCUUGAGCGAAGACGCUGUGUCCUCGUCCAUGUCGGCAGAUGGAGUUCUUACUGUCACUGUUCCAAAGAAGAUUUCAUUGACAAACAACAAGGAGGGCCAAACUAUCAAAAUCACUGCCUCGCACAAAAAGUCUGCAGAUGCUAUAGAGACUCACACGAACAUCACCAACAACGUCGAAACGAAACAAGUUAGUGUCGAAGGGAAAACAUCAAAAUCGUCUGGAGUGAAAGUGGAAGAGGAUCAGACUCAGUCGACGGAGUCUCAGAACACGCAGGACUCGAGCGACUCGACGCAGGCCAACCCACUUGCUUCGUUCCACCUUUCUUCCAUUUCGGAAGAGGGCCUUUCUUCCACGAUUCCUUCUUCCAGGACACUCGAAAGCAAUUCCAAGCCGUCGACCAAGUCAAAGUGGGACAAGUGGACUCUGAGCUUGCGAAAGCAGAACUUGCAGGAAGAGAACCGUCGCCUUCAGCGAGGACCACCAGUGUUUCAUUCAACUUUGACUUCAUUUUAUCAGGUGUGGACGAAUGAGCUAACAAUCGAAGGCAAUUGGAGAUCAAGCGAGACGAUUCCGUGUCCAGCAAGAGUUUCUUCCGCCGUUUCUGCUUCCAGGACUCGUGAGCGCCGUGACGUCCGGAUGUCAUCUGACGCAUCCUCACUGUUACUGUACCAAAGACAACAUCGGGAUCGAAGGCUAGUGCGGUUUCUGAAGCGUCAAAAUCUCAGGUUUCCCAGACUUCAUCUCAAAACACAGAAGGAAAACAAACUCUCACAAAGGUAUCCAAAUCAGAACAACAAAGUUUUCGUUCCGAGUAUCAGAAUGCAUCUACCAGAAGGACUGAAGCGACAUCGUCACUCGCAAACAAAAUUACAAGUGAGGAAAACCAAGAAGGCGCCAAUAGUAGAAUCUGUGAAAGCGGAAGCUCGCUUCUAGAAAGCACACAGUCAAGCAAGGACGCAGUGGACGACCAGUGGCUUCCCAUCUCCUCGAAGGGUCAUUUCUUCUCUGAUUCCUUCUUCGAAGACGUCCGUAAGGACUUCGAAACGGCUGUCAAUGAAGUCCUCAGCAGGCAUGACAUCAUGAGGAGUGCCAACGACGAACUC